UCGCUACAAGCCAUUGUGACUCAACUGAUGACACUAGUUACCUCAAUGUACAACUAGAAACUCAACAUUAUGUCCGCAACUCCAAUUGUGAGGUGGGGCGUGGGCCUCUCGGCCGCCGUGGCUGUGGUCGCUCUGGCAGUAGUGCGCCUCCAACAGCCUCUCACGGGCGACGUCGCCGAUGCCCAAACGCACUGCUACCAGGGCAUCCGGACGCACGAUGAGCAUCAGCCCGUGGCCCAGUGCUUCACGGUCUCGGACGGAAAAUUCACUCGCGUGUUUCCCUGGGAUGAUGCCAGCCUGACGACCAAGGCUGGCUAUAUCAUCCCCGGCCUUUGGGACGGUCACGGCCACCUGAUUCAGUACGGCGAGUUCCUCUACUCGGCUGAUCUCUUCGGGGCUUCUUCCUUGGACGACGUGAAAGGACGCCUCAGGAACUACGUCGACAGCCAUCCCGAUGCUGGCACAGAGACCGAAUGGAUCCGAGGAAUCGGCUGGGAUCAAAACACCUACGGCAGAAUGCCCACUGCUGCGGAUAUCGAGGAGGAUGAGCUUCUCAAGGGAAAAUACUUCAUGUUAGACAGAAUCGACGUGCACUGCGCGUGGGUCUCUCAAGCCGUGCUCGAUCUCCUGCCCGCAGACAUUCCCGACGUCCCGGGCGGCGAGAUCGUCCGCGAGCCUGGCAUGGGUGUUUUCUGCGACAACGCCAUGGAUGUGAUCUACAAUCUGUGGCCGAAGCCCGGCUCCGAGAAGAAGCGGGCGUUCGUCGCGGCCGCCAUGGCGAAGCUGAACGAGGUCGGCCUGGUUGGGAUGCACGACGCCGGCGUCUUCCCGGACCAGCUCGACCUGUACGCCGACAUGGCCCACACGGAGGACUGGACGGUUCGCGUCUACGCCAUGCUGGAGUGCGCCCAGCGGAACACCUUCUGUCCCGACGACGCCGCGCGUGUUUUCCGCGAAGACGACAUGUUUAGCGUCAAAUCUGUGAAGCUUUUUGCGGACGGCGCUCUUGGUAGUUGGGGAAGCGCCAUGAUUGAGCCCUACAGCGACCGUCCCGAUACCGCCGGCUCCCUCCUCGUCAACGGCUCGACUUUGACGCAGCUUGGCAGAUCGUGGGCGUCUGUCGGUUACCAGGUCAACAUCCACGCCAUCGGCGACUUGGCGAACCGCUAUGCCGUCGACGCCCUGGAGGCCGGCCUCAGAGACGCGUGUCCCGACGGAGACCUUGCGGAGUGCCAAGCCCGACGCCGGUUCCGCAUCGAGCACUCGCAAAUCAUCCACGAAGACGACCAACGCAGAAUUCACGCCAUCGGGAUCAUCCCCUCCAUCCAGCCCACGCACGCAACCUCGGACAUGAAGUACGCCGAGCUGCGGCUCGGCCCUGAGCGCACCAAGAGGGAAGCCUACCGCAUGCGCUCGCUGCUCAACGUCAACCCCAUUCUCGGCAGCGACUUCCCCGUGGAGCCGCCCAACCCGUUUGAGGGCAUUUACGCCGCUGUGGCGCGGAAGAGCCCCCACACGGGUUACGGUGUGAACGGAAGCGCCGACGGGUGGCACGCGGAGGAGGCUUUGAGUUUGGACGAGGCCCUAUUAGGGUUCACCAAGGGCCCGGCUUUCGGUGCCUUCAUGGAGGGGCGCGCCGGUGUCAUCAAGGAAGGCGCCCUGGCCGACUGGGUCGUGCUGGAGGAGCCGCUAGAGACCAUGGACAUUGAAGACAUUCGCGAUUUGAAGGUCAAGGAGACGUGGGUCGGCGGAAAGCAGGUUUACCAACGCACUUAUGAAUAGGGGCAACGAAGCGAUGACGAAACGUUACGUGUGGGCUAGUUUCAGCUGAUGGACGCAGGAUAAUAUUUCAGCAGUUCUACAGCUUGGUUUUAU